AUGCCUGGAUGGAGGUCUCAGGGGCGUCUUAUCCUGCUGAACUCCCUGACAUGUGGCCUGGAGAUCUGUGUGGCAGCUGGGAUCACAUACGUGCCCCCACUGCUGCUGGAGGCUGGAGUGGAGGAGCGCUACAUGACCAUGGUCCUGGGUAUUGGACCGGUUCUCGGCCUCCUUUUCAUCCCCCUGAUUGGCUCGGCCAGCGACCAGUGCAACAGCACUUACGGGAGAAGGCGGCCGUUCAUCUGGCUGCUGUCUAUGGGCGUCCUUCUGGCACUCUUCAUCAUUCCCAACGCGGACCUUCUGGCAGCGUGGCUUCCAUGGGGUGAACGCCGUCUGCAGGUGGGCUUCCUUAUUCUUGGCGUGGGCCUGCUUGACUUCUGUGGGCAGGUGUGUUUCACCCCUCUGGAGGCUCUGCUCUCGGACCUGUACCGGGACGAGGAGGACUGCAGCCAAGCCUUCGCCAUGUUCUCCUUCAUGGUCAGCGUGGGAGGCUGCGUGGGCUAUCUGUUACCCGCCGUGGACUGGAGUCGCAGUCUGCUCUCCGUCUACCUGGGAGGCCAGGCCGAGUGUCUGUUUUCACUCCUCAUCCUCAUCUUCGUCACCAGCGUGAUCAUCACAAUGAAGGUGUCCGAGGAGCCUUUGUGUGCCAGUGGCGGCCCGAGCAGGUCGGGACCCCUGCUGGAGCCGAGCGCCGGCUCCAUGGAGGUGGGCCGCUGCGGACUUCCCCGUUCCUGCUUCUACCUGCUCAGGUGCAAGCUGAGGCUGCUGAAGGCCGGGCCGCUGCUCUGCCUACUGAGAACCUGUUGGACCAUGACCCCAGCCAUCUUCUGGAGCUACUGCCACAUCCCGCGGGUCAUGAGGCAGUUGUGCAUGGCCCAGCUCUGCAGCUGGAUGGCUGUGAUGUCUUUUAUGCUUUUUUACACCGACUUUGUGGGGGAGGGCCUUUAUGAUGGGGUACCCAGUGCCUUACCAGGGAGCAUGUCCAGGCAAAGAUACGAUGAAGGAAUCCGAAUGGGCAGUUUGGGCCUGUUCCUGCAGUGCGCUACCUCGACCUUCUUCUCCCUGGUCAUGAGCCGACUGGUUCGCCGCAUCGGAUCACGAUGGGUCUACCUGAGCAGCAUGGUGAGCUUCACAGUCUCCGCUUUGGUCAUCUGCCUGUCCAAAAGCGUUGUCUUGGUGACAGCCAUGGCAGCGCUCACUGGCUUUGCAUAUGCAACGCUGCAGACUCUACCCUACACCCUCACCUGCCAUUACCACAAGGAGAAGGAGGUCUACAUGCCUAAAGGGAAAACCAAAAGCAUGCACAGCAACGGCUUAACCACAAUGCAGGAUUCUGUUUAUUUGAGUCCUGUGGAGGAAGAGGAGGAAGUCCAAAACCACAAAGCAACUCCGUACAGACUCCCCCUUCUCAGCCAGGACAGUUAUGAAUACUUUCCCAUCCAGCAAAGCCAGAACGGCUCGCCUCCCUGCUCCGGCGGACCCGAGCAGGAUGACGCUGAUCCGGGAUAUGAGAAGCGCGGCGUAGGCUUGGACUUUGCCAUCUUGGACAGCACCUUUCUCCUUUCUCAGGUUAUUCCAACCCUCUUCAUGGGCUCCAUCGUUCAGUUCGCUCAAUCCGUCACCACCUACAUCGCCUCCUCGGCCAUCUUUGGAGCCAUUGCCAUCUACCUUGCAUCUCACAUCGUCUUUGACCAAAAGGACCUCAGAAGCUAAGACUUUGUUACUAAGGAUGAAAUCGUCAGUAAUUUCUAAUUCAGGUUCAUUAUCAAUGCACUAGUUUUCCCAGAAUUCCUUGUUCUAAUAUGGUCUCUGGCAGGUUACUUGGGAAGGGAAACGCCAACCUGUAGGCAAGGUGCGACACGCUGUGCUUUAAAAGCUUUAUUUCUGUCAAUUUUUUGUCCUCAGGUACCAUCAGCUUGAUUUACUGUAGAAGCCAAUAGUAGAAGAUGUCUGAGCUGAAGUCCUAGAUGGUCUCACUCUGAAGAAAACAAAGACGUCCUCUCCUGCCUGUUACUAUUUUACUUGGAUAUAUUAUUAUAACCAUUUAGUUUGGAGGUCAGGCUUUAACACUACUGAUAUGAUACAUAAUUAUUUACCUAAAUCUUAUUUUUAUUACAUAAAAAAUUUCCAUAAACUUUUUAAAAGAUAAUUUUAAAACAAACCUCUUAAACUUUACAUGAUGCAUAUUCAUUAGUUUAAUAUAGCUAUUUAUUUGAAAUACAUGAAUUUUACAUUUGUAACAUUCAUGUAUUUCUCUACAAUGGCUGCUAAUAGUGACAUUAAAUUAUAUAAGGUUUAGGCCCCGUCCACACGGAGUCAAAACGAACACGAAACGCUAAUAUUUUCCAGAACGUUUGUCGUAAAGAUGGAGACGUAAAAUAAAUGUGAUCGUCCACACGAAUACAUGAAAACGCUGCAAA